AUGCAUAUUACAUUAUUUCUACUGGACAGACUUCAUCACUUUAGAUGUCCACUAUGCAAAUCAAUGUUAAAGGAUCCAGUGUCCAUCUCGUGUGGACACAAUUACUGCAGAGGAUGCAUUAAUGAAUUCUGGGACAAUUGUGCUGGAGAUUAUGUCUGUCCACAGUGUGGUAAUCCAUCAGAAACCCGUCCGGUGCUGAACACAAACGCAGCUCUAGAUGAGGUGGUUAAAAGCCUGCUGCAAGCAAGCUUCAGUCCAGCACUUCCACCACAAUCCUAUGCUGGACCGGAAGAUGUGGCCUGUGAUUUCUGCACUGAGGAGAGAUUGAAAGCUGUGAAGUGUUGUUCAACCUGUGUCGUGUCCCUCUGUGAGACUCACGUCAAGCCACAUUACACAAUAGCAGCACUACAGAAACACACACUGUCAGACGUGACUGGAGACAUGAAGACGAGACCCUCAGAGCAGCACCAGAACACAGAUAACAGCUUCAGCAGCACUGUCAGUGGACAACAGGAUCAGACAGCUAAAACUCAAGACGUUAUAGAGAUGGAAGUUAAUAAAGACACUGAUGUUAGAAGUCUUGCCCUCUUGUGCUCUAAACUACAGCAAGAUAAUGCAGGGCUUAAACAAAGCCUCUGCAAUUUAAAGGAGAUAAAUACAAAGAAAGAAAGAUAUUUUGAUGAGGAUGAAGAGUAUUAUGGAGAGGAAAAUGAAGAAGAAGAUGAUGAUGAUGAUCAUCAUGAUUAUGAUGAUGAAGAUUCUGAUGCAGAAAACGAUGAGGAAGAGGAGGGGGAUGAAGAUUAUUUUAAUGAUGCAGAAGGGUACACAGAUGAGGAGGAGGAGAAGGAAGAUAAUUACGACGACGAGGAAGACAACAUAGAUGAUUAUAAUGAAGACUAUGAUGAUGUGGACUACAAUUACUCUGAAGAGUGUGAUGAUGAGGAAGAUAGUUCUGAGGAUGAGGAUUAUUAA